CUCUCUCUCUCUUUCUCUCUGCGUCUCGGUCACUCUCUCUCUCUCAUACACUUUCUCUAUGUCUCUCUCUCUCUCGCUCCCUCCCGCACACACACACACUCAUGCCUGCGCGCGCGCACGCUCUGCAUACGUCUCCACUUUGCCGUAGUAAAUUACGGCAUUGAUCUCAACGACGAGUGCGGAUCUGUCUCUUGUGUUCGCUCUUUCUUCGACGGACAGACUUGGAGAAACGCUCGAGAGAGAAGUCACUCUUCUCAUCCUGCGUGUCUGUGAGGACCCCUGAUCAUGUCUGUUUAGCCCCCCCUGCGUGAUGCCUGAUCAUGACAGCACCACCCUCUUAACCAGACAGACAAAGCGCAGACGUGUCGACAUUGGGGUGAAAAGAACUGUGGCUAGUGCAUUAUUCAGACGUGCCAGGGAGACCCUACUCGAUAGCAUGAACCAAUCACACGGCCUCGAUCAAGACGGAGACUGCUCUUUGGUCAGUCACGGCCAUGGUGUUUCCAACGGUGACGGAGAAAAGUCGAAUGUUUUGAGGAAGUUGCUGAAGAGGGCCAACUCGUACGAAGACGCCAUAAUGCCUUUCCCUGGUGCUACCAUCAUCUCUCAGCUACUGAAGAAUAACAUGGGAAAGAAUGGAGGGAGUGACUCAGGCUUCCAGGGGAGUGGAGCUCUGUCCAGUGGAGGCUCAGAGAUCCACGGCGAGGACGCCUGCAGCAACUCCUCCCGCGACCGGGACAGCCCGUCUGACUGCCUCUCUCCUGGGCCUCCUCUUCCCCCUCCACCUUCCUCCUCCUCCUUUGGGCGACCGCUGCCUUCUUUGAGCCUCAACUCCCAUGCCCCCUCUCAGCCCCUCUCCCUCUCUACUUUUGAUUUAGACAGGCUGUCGGAUGAGCAUCUUCGCGCCAAGCGUGCCCGCGUGGAAAACAUCAUCCGCGGCAUGAGUCACUCGCCACUGGUCCGGCCCAACGGCGACCACAACCAAGAAAUCAACCGCGAAAAUGAGAAUUGCAGCAACAAUAGCAUCAGCAGUAAUGAUCACAGGAGAGACACCAACAGCCACAACACCAGCAGUCACAACAACAGCAGCCACAACACCAGCAGCCACAACACCAGCAGCCACAACACCAGCAGCCACAACAGCAGCAGCCACAACACCAGCAGCCACAACCACAGCAGGAGCGACGGCCCUUCUUCCCUCCUGAGCUCUCCAGGUUCGCGGGGAGGUGUGGUCAGCGUUGGCGAAGUUUAUAGGGAGAAUAAGAGAAAGCAGCGCCUGCCACAGCAGCAACACUGCUUCACCCAGCUUGUGUGUUCCAGGCAGGAGCAGAGACAGGAAGAAAGAAGGCAACUCAAACUGCAACUGGAGGACAUGCAGAAACAGCUGCGUCAACUCCAGGAGAAGUUCUACCAGAUCUACGACUCAGAGACAGAGGAAGAGGAAGAGCACGGCGAGAGCGGAGAGGCAGACCGAGGUGAAGAAAGAGAGGAAGACGGCAACUUGUCAGAGGACAGUAUCCGCUCUGACGGCCUGGAGGAAAGGCACAGAGACAGAGGGCGGCAUAGCAACGACGACCUGUCUGAGUUGGACCCAGGCCUGUUCCUAGAUCGGGCACGAGCCCUCCUCCGAGAACAGGCCCUGAUAGACGGGGAAAUGGAGGAGGAUGUGGACGGUAGGGAGGAGGUGGAGAGAAAUGUAGAAAGGGUGAUGAAGAGGAGAGGAGGAGCAGGAGGAGGAAGGCAGUUAGCAGAGACGCUGAAGCAGGAACUGAACUGUGCCGUAUCGCAGGUCGUUGACACCGUUGUCAAAGGCUUCUCCUCAUCCAAGCAGGCCGUCAGUCACCACCAUGGCUGCCACAUCAGCACACCAGCUGCACCCUCAUCUUCCUCCAACUCGUCAUCUUCCUGUCCUCCACCUUUCGGCCCGCUCCCCUCCCUCACCCCGGAUUUGCGCUUUGGCGGUGGGGCCCUGGCCCUCAGUAUGAACGGGGAUGGCAGCCCAAUCCCUAACUACCACUCCUCCAACCAGAGGCUGCAUUGCUUCGGGGAUGUCAUCGUCCCGAGCUCGUUGGAUUCAUUCGGUGGUUUGAGUGGCAGACUGAGUGGUGUGCCGAUGCCCAACGACCAAACGGAGGCACUGCCAUUGGUGGUGCGCAAGAGUGGCGGAGGAGGUGGAGGACAGAACACUAACUCCUCUCUUCCUCCUCCUCCUCCUCACCAUCCCUCCCUCCACCCCUCUUCCCUCACCGCCUCACUUGGGUUUAGCCCUCCAUCCUUUCGCCACCCAUUCCCUAUUCCCCUUAUGGGUUAUCCCUUUCAGAGCCCCCUUUCACACGGGGGUGGGGCUGGCUACCCUCCAGGGCUGAAGGACCAUCAUCGGUCCUCCCCCGAUUCUAUGGACAUGACCAGGGAAACUAUCAGCCUCAGAACCAAAAUGGCAUCCCUCGGAGGGGGCCAUCUCAAUCAUCACCACCACCACCACCACCACAGGCAGAGCUCACCGGGCCAACAUGGGCCAGAGGGUCUGUCCCUGUCCCUCAUCAAGUCCGAGUGUGGGGACCUGCAAGACAUGUCCGACAUAUCGCCCUACUCAGGCAGCACCAUUCAGGAGGGCUUGUCUCCCAACCACCUGAAGAAGGCCAAGCUGAUGUUCUUCUACACCCGCUACCCUUCCUCCAACAUGCUCAAAAUCUUCUUCUCAGACGUCAAGUUCAACCGCUGCAUCACCUCCCAGCUGAUCAAGUGGUUCAGCAACUUCAGGGAGUUCUACUACAUCCAGAUGGAGAAGUUCGCCCGGCAGUCCAUCAACGAGGGUGUGACCGCUUCAGAGGAGAUGGUGGUUAGCCGCGAUGCCGAGCUCUUCAGGGCGCUCAACAUGCACUACAACAAGGCCAAUGACUUUGAGGUUCCUGAACGAUUCCUGGAGGUGUCCCAGUUGACUCUUCGAGAGUUCUUCAAUGCCAUCGUGGCUGGAAAGGAUGCAGACCCGUCCUGGAAGAAGGCCAUCUACAAGGUGAUCUGCAAACUGGACAGCGAGGUUCCCGAUGUCUUCAAAUCCCCCAACUGUCUACAAGAACUCCUCCAUGACUGACCGGGGCGAGGAAGGAAACACGGCGAGCAAGACGAGCGUCCGAGGACCGUGAGAAGACAGUUAGUUAGACUAGAUUGAGGUCUUCAGUGAAAGUGCGUUUGGCGAUUCGAACGCGAUGCAGAGGCUUGACGUGGUUCUACUCGGAGGCUCCUGGAGAGAUUUGUUGAUGGUUGUUUUUGGUCAGCCCAACUUUUAAAAGACAAACCUGCCCUUAAAAUGUUUUAUAAAAGAAAAAAAUAUUCCUCAUGAACGAGGCAAAGGGCUCCGACUCAGAGUCACACAAUACUCAAAUUACCCAAUUGUGAGACUUUUAUAAGUUAAAAGCGAAACAGUGAAAGUUGAACCUCCUUGCACUUAGAGAAAAGCUCCUCUUCUCUUUCUCCUCCACCUCGUCCAAACUUGCUCUUCAUCCAUCUCUGGAGGAACUAAGGGAUGAGGAAGACGAUGGAGCGAUCUUCAGCCCUUCGACUCGGGGUCGGGAGCGAACUAAAAAUAAAGAUAAUAUAUAAGAAUCUUUUUAUUGUGGAUGUUUUUAAGUUACAUGGACAUUUUUGGAGAAAAAAAAGUGAUGUUUCUGUAUUUUUGCUCCUUUGUAGAAGCUUACAGCCUCUCUUCUAUGAACCCUCAGUCACAUAGACACACACACACACACAUGCACACACACAUGCACACACCUCUUGAAUAGGAAAGCACAGUAGCAUUCCCAGAUCCUCACGUGAGCCCAGACAAACUGGACAUAAAUAAACGUAGUCGUUGUUUAUUUCCCGUCCCCUUUACCUCUCCCUUCUUACUGUACUGAGACUUACUGGGUGUUUGUUUUUGACUGUGUGGCUCUCCCUGCCCCACCCUUCCCUAGGCCGCCCCUCUUGGCUCAUGUUGCAUCAAAGACAAAUCCCUCUCUUGUAUUUCUUUUUUAAUAUCUCUCAGAUCUAGAUACUAGCAGUCCCAUUUUUACAAUAUCAGAAAGAAAUGAAUACAAAUUCAUUCAACUGCACUUAUUUGACUAAAUUACUACAGCCUCAACAACACGGCCCUUUUUGUUCUCUUCUUGUUUUCUACAGAACAAACAUUUACACUUUGUUAUGUAUGAUUUGUGACACUUUACAGUAAGAAUCCCUGCUUUUAUUAAUUAACAUAUUUUAUAUUAUUUAACAAUAUAGCACUGAUGCUGGACACAUCCAGGAAACUGUAUUGAGGACAUCGCAGUGCCGUAACAGUUUUGAUAUUGUUCAUUUUCAUAUCAAUUGUUUGGAUGCUUCAUUUGUUUCUCCGAAAAUUCUAAAUCCUAAUCUGAAAAUCCCAUUUUACAUCAAUUUGUGAUUUCAGUUUUUCUUAUUGCAAAGUGGAUUUACUGUAUUGUAAAUCAUUGUUGUAAUAAGUGUUUGGAUCAUUUUUGUAAUGAUUAACAGGAGCAAAGCGUUCAUUACGGUUUCAUGUGCUUCGUAGAUCUCUCUCUCUCUCUCUCUCAGCAGCACGUCAUCCCCACAUGAUACAACACACAAGAAUCAUUCUUCAUGGUGCCGUGGGACAAGCUAACCUUUGGCGAUACACACUUGUAUCGACUGGCACAGAGGGUCGUAACACUUUUUAAAAACACUGGUGACUCACUGUGGUACAAUCAGACGUUCUUAAAAUUGAGCACAUGCAUUCAGAGAUAUCAAAAUGUCCAAUUUUAACUCCCCGUCUUGCGAAGAACCUUGAAACUGGAAGUCGCCACAAGUAACCAAAAGCACCGAUGAAAAAACUGAUUUGUCUCUCUGCUCCGGGAGGCCAAGAGGGGCAGCUGCACCGGCCGGUCAUGUGUGAAGUGUUUUAACAGCAGAAAAAAAAAAAGACAUAGGACAAAAUGCUGAUAUUUGUAGCUUGUAUAGAUGUAAUAAUUACUCUGA